UAGAAAAAAAAAUCUUGUCAACUUAAGAGAACGUAAGCUUCUGCACCACAUUUCCCCCUGUGUUCCAAGCAAAAGUUACGGAUUGGAACCUGGUCUCAUCUAGUCGCCAGUGAUAGACCAAAAUGGGGUGCUUCUUUUCGAAAAAAUCAAAAAGAAAGUCAUCCGAAAAAGAGGAUCGUACGCCGACAACAACGACUGUCGAAGCUACGACGACAAGCAACGCUGUUCCCCUUGGCAACAACACCGACGAGGCACCGAAGCAGUACAGCUGGGACAAGAGAGAAAAGGUUGAUCCCAAAGACUACAUGCUGACGGGGCUCAAAGAUGUCACGGUGGGCCGCCUGCCCAACAAACUGAACGGGCAACAGUUUGUCAUCCAAGAGUGUGAGAACUGCAACAUCUACGUUUUCGACCACUCUGCGACUAUCACCAUCGACGACUGUGUCAAUUGCCGCAUUGUCCUGGGACCUGUCAAGGGCAGUGUGUUUUUCAGAGACUGUAAAGACAUCAAGUGUGUGGUGGCCUGUCAGCAGUUUCGCACACGGGACUGUAAAAAAAUGGAGGUCUUCUUGUGCUGCGCCACCCAGCCUAUCAUUGAGUCAUCUACGGGUAUGAAGUUCGGCUGCUUUCAGUACUUCUACCCCGAGCUGGCCUUUCACUUCAAGGAUGCCGGGCUCAGCAUAUUCAACAACAACUGGAGCAACAUCCACGACUUCACACCGGUGUCUGGAGAGAACAACUGGAGCUUGCUGCCAGAGGCUGCGGCCGUUGAGGAUUUUAUACCGACCCCAGACCCAGAGUCUGAAUUCAAGUCUGUUCGAAUCUCCACUGAACCCACACGCAGCAUUGUGCCUUUGACAAAGGGAGGGAGGCGUAAGGACAGUGAGGAGUCCUGCCUCUUUGUUUUCUUUGCUGGAGAGUACACCACAGCAAACGCCCGCAAGCUGAUUGACGAGGCAACCGCUAAGGGUUUUGUGCUGAUCCAGACGAAGGAAGUCUCAAUGCGACCUGAAGAUGUGAAGAGGGUGUUUCAGAACAGUGCAGAGGAAGUCGUGGAGUGGAUCAGCAAAGGUCCUGUCGUUGCCCUUGAGCUGAACGGUGACGGGGUUGUGGAAGCCUGCAAGAACCUCGCUAAUGAAGUGUUCAGUGGGACCAAGGUUUUUGUCUCCGAUAACAAGAAUACAUCCUCGCGAGACGUGGACAACUUCUUCAACUUCGCUGACAUGCAGAUGGGCUUGUAAUUGAUAAAGUAUCAAAACAAACUGCUCGUCAGCCGUUGAAUCUGAUUUUCUAAACCCCCCCACCAUCCAGCCCGGGUUGAAUAUGAGUUGCGUUUGAUUAAUUGCCUGUUUUUUGACCUCAAAAAUUAGGUUAGAAUGAAAACUAUUAAAGACUGUGUUUGUUUGAAAAAGCCUUGGAUAAAACAGUUCAGUUCAUCAACUAUCAGUCUGCAAAGUAAAUUUAAUUCCUGUAUUGUCCAGAAACAUUUGCUGUAAAUCACUUAACAUCCAUUAGUGCUGUGACUAUUUAUAUUUCCAUGAAUGUAUUCUGUAAUUCUGUUGCUUUUGUCAAUUGUGAAUGUAGCUCUGUGCUGUAAAUGUAAUUCAGUUUAAUUUAAAGCUUUCUUUACUGUCUGAAACAGUUGUUGCAGUUGUAAAACCAUGAGCACAAAAAUGUCUGAGGGAAAUAUUUUAUUUCUUAUAAGGAUUUAUUUUUGUAUUUGUGGUUUAAUGGACUGUUUUAAAAUGUGUAUAUUUGAGACAUGCUGUGUAGAAAAAAAACUACAUCUUUAUUGAUAUCUGCUAGGCCAAAGUUGAAUGGUGAAAGUUUGAGGGUAUCUUGCUGUCAGUUCAGAUUAAUCUAUUUACACUAAAUGGUGUAAAAUCAUGUACAAUUGCUGAGUUUUUCAUGUAGGCAACUUGUGUCCUUUUUUUUUUUUUUUUAAAUUUUGUAAUAUUUGUUUUAUACUCUACUGACUGUUUUUUAUAGAUACAAAUGAAUGUUCUUUGUUAUAAUUUUGAGUAAAGGUUUUAUCACGAGUGACUUCAUUCAUAUAAGGCUUUUCACGCCUGUGCCCUAAAAGUGAGUUGAUAAGUGGGCACUGUGUAACAAUGAUACUGGUUAGGCGGUGACAAAGUUGAGCCAAUGCAGGUGACAGCAGUCUGUUAUCACCAUAUCGUAAAUAAUUCUUUAAAGAGCUCCUUAAGUUCAAUUUGAGAAUCGAAGAAGCUGUAAAUGUAAAUAGUCCUGUUUGACUGUAUUUAUUUUGUGUUAAGCUGGUGAAAAUUUAUGAUCAUCACUCAUUAAAUUUGUUAAUUAUUUUCCUCUGUGUUGUUAUGAAAGCCCAUCGCUUAAAUAUUAAAGAGUAGUUUUGAAUUGGGGAGUUCAUUAACAAUGUGCUGUCUUCCUCUGCACAGUUAGCAGAUUUUACUUUAGCACAGCACAACACAUUUGACUGUCACCUUGCAGUUUGACUUCUGUGUUGGGGCCCUUCAUUUAUCUGUGAUAAAAUACAUUGCAGAUCCAUUUAAAGCAAAAAAUGAACCUGAUGUAUCAAAUUAUUUUGUACAGUUGCCUUUAAAAACAUACAUAGGGACUUCUUGUGCUGUACUUUUGUUUUUGUAAACCUUUUGUACUUGAGCAUACAGUUUUUGUAGAUCAGUUUGUCUUCAAGGUUGCACAUUUGUCUGUACUUUGUUGUUUUUACACUUAAAUGUCUGUCUUUAUAAAAUGGCAGAGUCACAUUAAAAGCUGUAGAAUAUCUGAAAGCAA